AUGGUCAAGCCUAGCUUCAUCUCUGCCGGCUUGCUCGCGCUGUGCAUCGCACUCGCCACCGCGCCUCAGCCUGCCCAGGCCGACUGGCUCCAGGACUUCACCAAGGGCGGAAGCAAGGCCUUUGACUCGGCCUUUGCCACCUGGUCCGAAUCCGACCUGCGCACCUACCUGCUCGACCGCGGCAUCAUCGCUCCCUACACCACCGGCGAGAAGCUGCGCCAGCUCGCCGUCCAGGACUACGACAAGCUCGUCUCCUCUGCAUCCUCCGGCUCCGGCGCCGUCAAGACGGCCGCGUCGCAGCAGCUCAACUCGGCCUCGAGCGCUGCGGCUUCGGUGCAAUCCGCAGUAAGCUCCCACGCCGCACAAGCUGCCCAGUCGGCAUCGAGCAUGGCACUUACCGAUCUCUACUAUCCCCUCUCGCGCUCCGCCGCCUCGCUCGGCUCCCAGGCUGCCGCCUACGCCUCGACCGCCUCGGCUUCCGCUACGAGCCUCGGCAAGGAUGCGCAGGCUUCCGCCUCGAGCGUGAGCAAGAACGCCCCCGGCGCCUCGGACGUCAGCAAGUCGGCCAAGAGCGCCGCCACCGCCGCCAGCAAGUCGGGCAACUCGGUGCUCAGCGCCGCCUCCAAGAGCGGCAGCUCCGCCUACGCCCAGGCGUCGCAGACCGUCGCCAAGGCGAUCGACGACAGCACCGACUACGUCUACUCCACCUGGAACGACAACGACCUGCGCUCCUACCUCGAGUCCAAGGGCGUCAUCAAGACCAAGACGCAGGCGACGCGCGACGAGCUGCUCGCCUCGAUGCGCGACACGUACCGCGCCACGGUCAACGCGCCCUACGAGGCGCUCUCGGACAGCUACCUGCACAACUGGCUCGUCGACCACGGCAUCAUCCGCUCGCCCGCCCAGAAGACGCGCGACGAGUACCUCGCGCUCGCCAAGGACUACUACACCACGGGCACCGAGCACGUCUACGACACGUGGAGCGACAGCGAGCUGCGCGCAUGGCUCGUCAAGAACGGCUACAUCAAGUCGAACUUCCAGGCGAAGCGCGACGACUACCUCGACCUCGUGCGCAAGCACUACACCUCGGCGCACGACGAGGUGUGGGGCAGCUGGAGCGACAGCGACCUGCGCUCGUGGCUCAUCUCCAACGGCUGGCUCAAGUCGGACGCGCAGGCCAAGCGCGACGAGCUGCUCGCGCUCGCGCAGAAGCACGGCAACGACGUGGCCACCUCGGCGCGCGAGUACGUCGACUGGAGCGACGCCCGGCUGCGCGAGUACCUGCGCAGCAGCGGCAUGCCGCUCGAGGCGAUCCCCAAGAAGCGCGACCAGCUGCUGCGCGAGAUGCGCGCGCGCUACACCGGCCACCGCGGCAUCUUCAGCUACAUCAAGGACGGCGUCCGCCAGGCCUACUUUGGCGUCCAGGACAUCCUCGGCAAGGGCGAGCAGGCCGCCGCGCACGCCAGCGUCAGCGCCUCGGGUGCCGCCAGCCAGGCGAGCGCCUCGGCUGCCAAGGCCACCGCGCGCGCCAAGGACGAGUUUUAA